AUGUCCGGCGGGUGCUCAGCUUGCAUCGGUCCGUGCAAAAUCACGCUGCUCAAGUACGCGCUGUUCAACGGGAGCGCGUUCGUGAGCUCCCCGGUCUUCAACGGUUUUGUCGCGCUCGGUGCAGACGAAUCGCUGUACGACUUCAGCUCUCUGAGCCCCGAAGCUCUCGCUCUGGGGCAAUCGCUGGAUGAUAAUGGGGCCGUUUGUCAAAGCGGCACGAACGACUGGGGGGCGACUCACAACGUGGCCACGGGGUCCGCUCAGCAAAUGCUCGACAUCAUCAACACGAUCGGUCUUAGCGUCGCACCGCAGAUGAUACGCGAGCUCGAGCUUUCUGUUGGACGCACCGAUGGGUGUGAUACACGGUGGAGCAUACUCACAGUCGCGCGACUCUUUCAGUUUCCGUCGAUAGUGGGCGAUGCCAAUUUCGGUAAACUGUCUGCGGUGGAUAUCAACAUCUUCCCGGACUAUGCAGAAUGCCGCCCGACAGUCGUGAUUGAUGAUAGCCUCGUUGGAAAGAAGGCGGCUCUGCUCACGAAUGGCGAAGACUUUUUACUUGCUGUGCCCGACAGUUUGACGGUGUUUCCGUACAGCUUUUCCAGUAGUCUGCCUCCUGUUUCACGUGAAGUUCCAGCGGGCGUCACGAAAUUCCCAGCGACAACCGUCACUCAGCCUCUGCUUCGAGCCUACUUCGGUGGAUGUCGCGUGCGUGAGGUAAACACAACGGGGAUCUUUAUCGAGGAUACGUGCGAGCUGUCGACGCACUGGGAAUUGUACGGAUUGAUGGUCCAUUCGCCCGACGAUAUCCCGCUCUGUAGUGCGGGCGACCCCGACCGCGCCGGUAUGAUUGUCAACUCAUUUCGCAUCCGGUAUGCUGACACCGUCGAUAUCAAUAUUCUACCUACUCUCGUGGUGGCGCAGAUUCUGCUAAUGGGGAUCGUAAGCUUUUAUCAAGUGAUGUCUCACAAGCGAUCCGUGCUGCUCACGCAAAUCUGGGCGUAUCGCUGUCAGAAUGGACACAUGCAGGUGGUGUAUCUCGCUCAGAUCAUCUACCACCUCGUCUUCUACUCGGAUCUGUACAUGAUCGGCAUGGCGACGGGUACGCUGACCGGCGAGUCCAUUGCCAACCUCACGUGCUGCACCUUCGCCUUCUCGUACUCGUUUAUCAACCUACUCAAGGCAAGGUCAGGCGAGCAACGACUGGAUCGAAACUUUCGCUUAACGUGGGAGACGAUGCAACUAAUUACGACAAUUUGUGUGGGGUCACUCCUGCUAUCGGUGCAGCGGACGCCGUUCGCGUCGAUUAUCACGAAGAACGCUGAGAUCUUGCGCAAGACGUCAGCACGUGGAGCCAAGUACUGUGGCUUGAACGACUCGUGCAUCCUGUUCAAUAUGGACAUGGCGUCCGUCAUUUCGAUCCUGUCUCUCGGCUUGGGCGCUGAACUCACCACUUUCGAGAGGCACUGCCUUGGUGUGCCUCUCAAUCGCCUUUUUCGGGACUGCGACGACAUUGGCUAUGAAAUUUACAACGGCAAGCGAUGCACGACGGUCGAGGCGCUGCUGCUCACGGGAUAUCUCUACUAUGGGGAGCACGUCUACCAGGCGUCCUCCGUGAUGUUGCUGCUGCUAGCGCGAAUCGUGCCGAGAAAAGUGCUGCGAACCUUCAACGUGCUGGUACUGCGCUGGCACCUGAAUCCGAAAGAUGGCACGCUCUCGAAAGCCUAUUCGUGCACUUGGUAUCACGCCAGCGCAGAGGAUCACAAGCUGGCGGGAACGACUCCAGUAGCGUAG